GUUCUGGGGUGCCUGGCUAAUGGUUCUUACAUUUGCUCGCCGUGUUCACAAACAAAUUGUGUUAAGGGUGACUGGCGAUCGUAAUGCAGCAAGUGAGAGGCAAAAAUCGUCAUGGCUACAGCGAUUGCAGGUUCCCAAUGGGAUUCAAAUGGGGCGAAGAUGCUGGCCACUCCAUCAGAUGGUCAUUUUUGAAGCCCAGUUUCAUCAAGUACUCCUCUGACUUCCUGGCAGCAUGUGGUGGAACUUUGUCAUGCAUGAACAUCAUUCUUCACCCUAAUGCCCCUGGCUUAUUGUUGUACAACAAAGUUGUUUUUCUUAAAUUUAAUGUAAGCGCUUUCAGUCAAACUUCCACAUUCAAGAACUUGCCAAUGACUAAUCAGCUCACCACCACUUAUCUGUGCCCAAGACGUCACACCAUCUCCUCCUUGCUGACGUCUCAGGCUGAGAGGAGGAGAUCUGUUAUUUUUGACCUAACCGUCCAUAGAAAACUGAUCAGUGAACAGCAAGGCUUCGCAAUUUUUUGGGGCCACUCCAGACACCUCAUUUUAUGGCUGUCUUUCAACGAAGAUAGAAGAUCUGGCCUUCCUUAUUUUUCCAAGGUGGUGGAGUAUCCUGUACGUUUAUUGUCAUCAGUAACGAAUUUUGAGAAAGAGACAUUGGAGAAAGACUACUUCAAGAUGAUGACGGACAUGAUCGUGCUGUGCUUGGUUCUGGCUGUCUCCUUGGCUCUCUGGGUCGUUUCUAUGACAGCCAGCACAUAUUAUGGCACGCUGCAGCCGGUGUCCCCCUGGCGCUGGUUGUUUUCCAUGCUGGUCCCUAUUAUUCUUGUCACACGUGCCGUCAAGCGGAAAAGCCUCGACCACAGUGGUGCGUUAGGAGCAAUGCUGGUUGGAUUCCUUCUAACGAUGGCCAACUUGAGUUUCUUCUCCUCCUUGCUGGCAUUUUUCAUAACAUCCUCGAAACUCACCAGAUGGCGGCAAGAUGUUAAAAAGCGCAUCGAUUCCGAAUAUAAGGAAGGUGGCCAGAGGAAUUGGAUACAGGUGUUCUGCAAUGGGGGCAUGCCUGCCGAGCUGGCCCUGCUCUACAUGAUCGAGGUGGGCCCUGGGGAGAUACCGAUAGACUUUGGCAAGCAGUAUACCGCCAGUUGGAUGUGCCUCGCCCUGCUGGGGGCGCUGUCCUGCAGUGCAGGAGACACCUGGGCCUCAGAGGUGGGGCCCGUUCUCAGCAGAAACUCCCCCAGACUCAUCACCUCCUGGAAGGUGGUCCCGCCAGGUACAAAUGGAGGAGUCACCCCUGUAGGCCUAGUGGCAAGCCUUCUGGGUGGGAUGACAGUGGGUGUGGCUUACUUCAUCUCGCAGAUCUUAUUCGCUAGGGAUUUGAAUCUGGCUGCCCCUCAGUGGCCAAUCAUUGUGUUUGGGGCUGCAGCUGGGCUGACUGGAUCACUUCUGGAUUCUUUCCUUGGAGCCAGCAUGCAGUACUCAGGUUAUGAUGAAAGCACUGGAAAGGUUGUGAACCAUGAGUCUAGGACUGCUAAACACAUCUGUGGAAAACCCAUUCUGGACAACAAUGCUGUGAAUCUGUUCUCUUCCAUCCUCAUUGCCUUGGUUAUGCCUGGCAUCGCAUGGGGCAUCUGGCCUAGACAAUAAAAACUUAAGCAACCAAUGGAUGGUCAAAAAUCAGUUUCCAUAGAAUAUAGAGGUGCUGUAUUGAAACCUUUUCUUCUGUGAGAAGAUUUGUGCAGUAUUCUCUUUUCAAGUCUUACUAUUGUAUAUUGAACCUGGAAAGAGUGACUUAGUCUAAAACUGAAAAGCAGAAUUUUUUUUUUUUAUUCUGCUGUUUUCUGCAUUGUCUUAUGUCAAAAGAAGGCUUGUCAAAUGGAUCCAUGACCUCAUUGAUUCAUCUGAUUACUGCAUAGUAAUAUUUACAUUACCUUAUGAUAAAUAAAUCACCAGCACUUUGUUAAUAUUGUAUUAAGUUUGUUUAAUGGAAGUAAUAUAUUUAUAUACUGGUGUUUGUAAUGUUUCCUAAAAGAAUGUGAAUGGACAGGUAGAGUGUUGGUGGUCUAGUGGUUAGGACGCUUGCCUCUGGACCAAGAGAUGGUGGAGUUCCACCUCUGGCUCUACCAUCGUUGAGUCCCUGAGCAAGACCCUUAACUCUAACUUGCUCCAGGGAGAGUGUCUGCUAAAUGCUGUAAAUGUAAAUGGAUACACCUCUGUUUACUAAUAUAUUUGCAUACUAGUGCUUUCCAGGACUUAACCACCAUGCUGAUCUUCAUUAUUCAAUAUGUGCAUAAAUCAUAAGUUUUAUAUUCUGGUCAUUUUGUGAAGCAAACAAUGUAACUUUAUUUUCAGUUCAAUGUGUCCCCAUCACCCUGAACAGAGUAAGGGAUUGGAAGACAGAUGGAUUUGUCUGAGUUGGUACUGUUAACAUUUUUAGUAAAUCUUUGUUGUUGAAAAUAACUAUACAAAACAUAUAGUUACUUUAACAAUUUUAGUGGAAUUAAUCCAUUUCCAUGUGAUAUGAAGUCAGUAAACACACAGCUUACUGUAUCUUGUAUAGUCAUUUGUUAGCCAAAAAGUUACCGUAAUACCAUACUUUCAGUAAGUGAAAUGGAAAAUAUUACCGUGUAACGAAAAGUAUAUUAAAAUAGCACUUUUGGCAUACUACCCCUUACCCUGUCUUGAUCUUUAAGUAAUUGCCUUCCUUUCAACACCAUUUACUGGCUGAUUGUGCAAUGCUUUAGUUCCAGCAUCAGAGACUGUAACAUGAGUGGGUGGACGUUGGACCCUGCGGAUAACGUGUCCUUCUGAAAAGUAGGCGGAAGCUCAAGGUCGGCUGUUAAAAUUCCUCAAUGUGGGGUUGUUGCUCUCUGCCUGGUAAUGGAAACUUUUACAUAGAAUCACAAAAUCCGUUACUCGCUCUGAUUUAUUUGCUGCCCACAACUAUACCAGUGGCAGAAUGACCGUAGUUCAAAAUGUGUAGCGUUAUAAAUAAAUAGAUUUAAUCAAUAUAUUUCGUUUUUGUUUUCAUAACUGACCCGCUGAACUUGCUCUACUGCUGCUGCAAACCAUUCAUUAAUACGUUUUACUUAUUCAUGUUCAUUCAAACGUAUACAUCUGCACGCAUCUUUUUGGUCAACGAGCGACACGGUGAUCCGUUUGUAAAAUUCUCCCUUGAAUAGGUGAAAUAAAGCACACAAUUCAGCCGCCAUUUUUACAAUUCUUGUGAACUUCUUAAAAGCACGCUAGUCGUCCAGUUAAUUGUAUUCAAAGUAUUUCGUCUGUUCAGACAAGCCAGCUUAACCCGUUUGACCCGAAAACUACCGAAAGGUCCCUAAAGCCCUGCGGCUCCAGCCAAUCAUUUUAUCGCGUUUGAAAUACGGCUCACGCCGAGGCUGCAGCCAAUCAGAUCCUGCUAUUUUAAACACGUCACACGGCGCCACCUUCGAAAUGCUUUGUUGAUAGACAGAAGGCGCAAUGCUGUUAAACAGAUGAGACGAGAGAGAUUUAGCAGUACAAGUGAAUAAGUUGCAGAAUUACUACUCGACGGUAAGAAAAUGAAUUCGGGAAAAGCACUACAGACAGCUGCUCACCCGAACCAGCAGCCACCAACGCCAAGCUUUGCGAAGAGAAAGAAGGCACAAGAAACGUAAGUCUUGAAACAGACAUCAGAAGUCCGACAGACAGCAUGAUGUCUCCAUGUACACGCAGACUAAUGAAGAAAGUGACUAAGGACGUGCAAUCUUUACCACCUGUGCCUGUGUUUACUGCAGAAGACAAGGAAAACACUCCCUCAUGAAUAUCUUGCAUCUAAUGAAUGGAUGUCUCAAUAUUUAACCCGCUUGCAUUUUGCUCUUGAUGUGUGAAAUUGCUGGUAGUCUCGGGUGCAUCAAACUAGUUUGGUAUAGACACAAAAGGCUCUGGCUGUUUGUUUCAGAAUCCUUAAUCCACACUGAUAGUUAUCCAGUGUUCUGUGCUUUGUAGUUAUGACUCAUAUCUGCAUAUGGCUUGGAAUGGUGCACAGCCAAAAGGCCUGGUGCCAAAUGUCAUUAAGCGUUGAACCCCUUAUAUAAUUUAACCGCUGCUUAUCGCAUCAGGUAAAAUUCUGAUGGUACCUAUGCUUCUGCUGUAACUGGUGAUUGAUUAAUAAUCAAAGGAAAAUUACGGUGUUAGUGCUUUUAGCAGUCUUUGGUGUUAUCUGAUUGGAGCGUGAAAUGUCGUAUGGGUUGUUGGUACUAUGUAGGCCCCUUUGAUCUAAAGGCACUUAAAUGGGCUUUUGGGGGCUGUUGUUCUGUUGGGAGGGGGGCAGCUGGAAAGCCUAGUUAGUGUUAAGGGAGUUUUUCUGCAUUGCAAACUGCAUUUCUGAGACUGAAUGCUACCCAACUAAUGUUCAAUUUGCACACUGUUAAACUGCCUAUGUAUGAUUUUGCCACACACUAUAUCCUUUCCUAAGGAAAAUAAAGUUAAUAUAUUUAUUAGCAACUUGGGAUAAUCAUUUUGUCCACUUAAUGUGCAGCUUUGGUGUACUAUAACAAGCUUGACUCUUGAUUUUACUCUACUGCCCAAAGAAAUUGUAAAUAUCUCUUACUGGCUGGAUUGUUGUAAUAAAACUGUUCAACGGA